AUGCCGUUUCCAUACUCGAAGCUUCCAUUACUGCAGAAGCUUGAGCGUGAAGCUCACAAAGGUUGGGUAGUUGCACAGAUUAUAUUGUUGAUAGCAUUGCUUGUGGAAGGGGAAGCUUCUCGAAAAGGAAAGGAAAGCAUGUUGGUUCGUGAGUUGCUUGGAUUCAAGAUCAGGUCUGGGUUUAAUCCUGAGCAUUUAUUACUUUCUCUGCCACCAACCCCUCUUGCUGACGCUUUUAAAACUGCAGUAAAUUUGAGCACUUUUAGGUAUAGUACCUUACCGUUGAUGUGGAAGGCCAAAAAGUUCUUCAAUACAGAGUCCGAGAAAACACUCGCGCUUAUGGUUGAUGAACUUCACAAAUUCCUGGGUAAUAUUAUUUCGAAAAAGAAGGAAAGAUUUGUCGCGUGGGAGGACUUGAAGGACAAGGACGUGUCUGCAAGGAUAGUGAGAAGGGCACAAGGUGAACAACUAGACGAAACAUUUCUGGUUAAUACAAUCGUUAGCUUUGUCCUGGCUGGACAGGACACAAUUUGUUCGGCUUUAACAUGA